AAAGGUUAUAAAUCGAGAGGGAAUGUUUGGCGCCAUUUCUCACUGCUCCGAGAUCUGAAUUCUGAUAACUCAUUUCUCUCUCCUCCUCCAUUGAAGAACCCUAGCUCCACACUCUGCAUCUUUCGUUCAUCAAUGGCAGCAGCAACACCUACCAAGUCUUUCAAAUCUCCCUCGAAACCCAAUCUACGAUCACAAUCUACUGCUAAACCCUCACCUUCCAUCCCUGCCACACCACAAUCCCUCCCUCCUCUUCCUCGCAGAUCCAAGCGAUCCUCAAAGUCCCUCACCUUCGAUUCCCCUAAAGCUUCUCAUCAGGGAGCUGAAUCUUCCGAAUUUCGACUCGAAACUCCGAGAAGAAGGAAGACCAGUGUUGAGGAAUCUGGCGAAGGCGGAGUCGUGACCCGUAGAACUGCUACUAGAGGAAGUAGAGGUGGAAUUGUUGAUACGCCGAAGAAGCGAAAUGGGAAGGGGGCGUCAAUUGAUGCUCAAUUUGCUCCGGUAUCGCCUGAUCAAUCGGAAAGUAAGAAGAGGAAGAGGAAGAGGGAGGGUGAGGGCGACGGUGAGGGUGAGGGUGAGGGUGGGAGAAGGGUUGUUACGAGAGCCAUGGCUGUGAAAAAAGGGAGACGGGCGAAGAGUGAAGGGGCGGUGCUCAAGAGGCGGGUUUAUUACAAGAAAGUGGUUUAUGAUGGGGGUGAAUUUGAGGUUGGGGAUGAUGUUUAUGUUAAGAGGAGGGAAGAUGCUUCGUCUGACGAUGAAGAUCCCGAAGUGGAGGAGUGCCGGUUGUGUUUUAGUUCCGGUGAGGAGACCAUGCUUGAGUGUGAUGGUUGUUUGGGCGGGUUUCAUUUGAAAUGCUUGACGCCGCCGUUGAGUGAUGUUCCUGAAGGGGAUUGGACGUGUGGGUUCUGCGAGGCUCGUAAGAUGGGUAAGGAGGUUGAUUUCCCAAAGCCGCCGGAGGGUAAGAGACUAGUCAGGACAAUGAGGCAGAAGCUUCUCUCCAGUGAUUUAUGGGCUGCUAGAAUUGAGAGCAUAUGGAAAGAAGUAGAUGGCAAGUACUGGUGCCGGGUGCGGUGGUAUACAAUCCCAGAAGAGACUUCUGUUGGCCGACAACCACAUAACCUGAGCAGGGAGCUAUAUCGAGCCAAUGAUUUUGCCGACAUUGAGAUAGAAUCUGUCCUUAGACAUUGCUAUGUCAUGACCCCUAAAGAGUAUACUAAAGCUAGCAAUGAGGGAGAUGAUGUUUUCUUAUGUGAAUAUGAAUAUGACAUCCAUUGGCACAGUUUCAAACGUCUUGCUGAUAUUGACAAUGAAAGAGAGAGUGGUGAAGCAACUGAUAGUGAUGAAGACUGGAGUCAUGACAAGGAAUCAUACUCUGAUACAGAUGAAGAUGUUGAAUAUGAAGAGGAAAAUAUUAAAAACGGACUAUCUCAGCCAUCAACAAGCCAUCAGUUAGCUGCAAAUCUGCACAAGGGACGGUUUUUCGGACUUCAGAAGAUAGGAACAAAAAUAAUUCCACAGCAUAUAAGGUCUCACAAACAGACUGAUCUUGAGAGGGCAAAGGCCACACUGUUGUUAGCAUCAUUGCCGAAAUCCUCACCUUGUAGAAAUAAAGAAAUGGAGGAGAUAACUACAUUUAUUAAAGGUGCUAUUUCUGAUGAUCAAUGUCUGGGGCGUUGCCUUUACAUUCAUGGUGUUCCUGGAACUGGCAAGACAAUGAGUGUACUAGCGGUGAUGAGGAGUUUGAGGGCAGAAGUUGAUGCAGGAAAUAUCAAACCCUACUGUUUUGUGGAGAUUAAUGGUCUGAAAUUGGCAUCACCAGAGAAUAUUUAUAGGGUCAUAUAUGAGGCACUGAAUGGACAUAGAGUCAGCUGGAAAAAGGCUCUCCACGUGCUAAAUGAGAGGUUUGUAGAAGGAAAGAGAACUGGGGAAGAGGCUGAUAGGCCAUGUAUUUUGCUAAUUGAUGAACUUGAUCUUCUCGUAACCAGAAACCAGUCGGUUUUGUACAACAUUCUUGACUGGCCUACGAAGCCACAUUCCAAGCUAAUUGUGAUAGGGAUAGCAAAUACCAUGGAUCUUCCAGAGAAGUUGCUUCCUCGUAUAUCAAGCCGAAUGGGCAUACAUAGGCUUUGCUUUAGCCCAUAUAAUUAUCAGCAGCUUCAAGAAAUCAUUUCUAGUCGCCUCAAGGGAAUUGAUGUAUUUGAAAAGCAAGCUAUAGAGUUUGCUUCAAGAAAGGUUGCAGCCAUCUCAGGAGAUGCACGUCGUGCUUUGGAGAUAUGCAGACGUGCAGCUGAAAUAGCAGAUUACCGUACAAAGAAGCUAGUUUCAAGUUCUGAUUCUUUUACUGCAGGGAAGGGACUUGUUGCAAUGGCAGACGUUGAAGCAGCCAUUCAAGAAAUGUUCCAAGCACCUCAUAUUCAAGUGAUGAAACACUGUUCCAGAAUUAGCAAAAUUUUCCUGACAGCUAUGGUGCACGAGCUAUAUAAAACUGGAAUGGGAGAAACUACUUUUGAAAAGUUGGCAAUGGCAGUUUCACGUCUUUGUACCAGCAAUGGAGAGGUGUUUCCCGGAUAUGAUGCCCUCCUGCAAGUUGGCUGCAAGCUAGGCGAGUGCAGAAUUAUUUUAUGUGAAGCAGGGGCCAAGCACAGGCUGCAAAAAUUGCAGCUCAAUUUCCCAAGCGAUGAUGUAGCCUUUUCGCUGAGAGACUGCAAAGAUCUGCCUUGGUUGUCGAAGUAUCUAAUGUAGGAAUGGAGAUUACAAUCUGUUCUUAAAGAACAUUUUUGCUCUCAACUACUUUCAUUUUUUAUGACAGGCUUAAUGGUCGUCAUUUCCAGUACUUCAAAAUAAUUUAGUUUUUUUUUUUAAAUUAUUUGGGAAACAAUAGUUGAGCCUAAAACUAGACAGGAGCCAGAACGGGAGAAUGUGACCUUCAUAUCGUACAUCAUAUCAUCAAAAUACUGAUGGGUGAUGGCUAAGCCAGAAAUUUGUAUGACCCAAAUUAUCAUCUUGGCUUGGCAAGCCACUCAAUGACUAUAUGAUUGUUUGUUUCCUUUACAUGAUACAAUUCUUUCUAAGACCAUGUAUUUACAGUACUAGCAAUUGAAUAAUUUCAAAUUAAUUUAUUCUUGUUUGUUUCUUCGGUUAUAA